AUGAAAAAUAAAAAUAAAGAAGAAGAUGAAGUAAAUGGUAAGAAUAGAGAUGAUGAAGAAAGUGAUAAAGGAGAUGAGGAGGACAACGAGGAUGAAGAAGAAAAAGAAAGUAAGAAAAGAGAUGGGGAGGAAGGUGAGGAAGAAGAUAAAAAGAAAAGUGAAGAAGGAAAUGAUGUUGAAAGUAGGGAAAAUGCUGAAGAGGAAAAUAAAAGAGAUGAUAAAGAGGAAAGAGCUGAUGAUAAUGUUGAUAAUGAUAUUGAGAAAAUACCUUCUAGAAGAAAUAACAGAAGAAAGAAUGGGGAUCAAGUAGUACCAUCACCUGUUCAGGAAGACCCUCUGAAUGAACAUGUUUCCCAUGCCAAACUUAGGACCACUUUCACCAUUUUGGCCCAGACUAUGGAUACUCAAAAUAACCAGCAGGCUAUUGUCCUAGCCAAUCCAAUAGUGAGCACGACAAUAGAUAGGAUCCGAGACUUCACUCGAAUAAAUCCUCUAUUAUUCUUUGGAUCCAAAUUUGAGGAGGAUCUGUAA